AUGCCGAUCUCCGAACGAAGAAUCCAGGCAGCCGAGCAGUCCCUCAAUGAGCUAAAGGCUCUACCCUCAACAUCUGAAGCCCAGAUAUCGGCAGUUGAACCAGACCUCGUGCGUAAAUCAACAUUUGUUGAACCGUUCAUUAUUGCGUGUCGUACAAGGCACGCGAAACUUGCGGGAAUCGGCGUAAUUUGCCUGCAACGACUGAUCGCAUCUCGGUCACUGCCUUCCCAUCGUCUGAAAGAUGUUCUUGCUGGCUUAAAGGAGACGACCGGCCUGAGCCUUGAUAUUCAAUUGAAGAUUCUGCAAUCCUUGCCUUCACUUCUGCAGUUCUAUUCCAAUGAUCUGAGCGGUGAUCUUCUGGCAAAUACGUUGGAGAUAUGUGUAACUUUGCAAGCCAGCAAGACCCUUGCAGUCAGCAGCACUGCAGCUGCUACCCUCCAGCAACUGGUGGUUUCGACCUUUGAAAGGGUAUCGAAUGAAGACAAGCUACCGAAUGAUACAAAAUCAUUCACGAGCGUGAAGGUCGAUGGCCAUUCAGUCGAAGUGGCCCAAUUUGCAUAUGACGCUUUGCAGGUUUUGGACGAUCUCUGCCGUCUCAUCGAUGGAGAGCAAUUGCAGUUCUUGCGCACGAGAACUUUGUCUCCCACAUUUGUUUUGGAGCUCAUAGAAAGCAUCAUACUCAACAGUGGUCGCCUAUUUGUGGGACACCCGGAACUAUUACAAGUUCUGCGUGUUCGUCUGAUGCCACUCACAGUACGAUAUUUCUCCGAAAGACAUUCAUUCUCUCAGACCGUCCGCGUUGCUCGGAUUCUACUCGUGCUUCUGAAACGCCAUAUGUCCCUCUUGACUGCGGAGUGUGAAAUGGCGUUUGGUUUGCUAACACACUUGCUGGAGCCGGAUGGAAAUGCUCCAUGGAAACGAGUAUUAUGCAUGGAAGUUUUCCGGGGCCUGUACGGCGAACCUGGAGUUGUGCGACUGAUUUAUUCGUUGUAUGAUGGGGAUGAGAACAGAAAGAAUGUCCUCAGGGAUCACAUGGCUUCUCUCGUCCGUUUGGCUUCAGAAAAGCCGUCUCUAAUUGGAGUUAGCAAUCAGUCAACAAUACCGUUCCGAGCAGAGCAUACAAGGUCUGCAACAGAAGAUCAGAUUGCUCUCGAGACUGGCGGUGUUGCUGGCGUCAUUGGAUCCACUGGACCCUCUGCGGAAAUUAAGGUACCUGGUAUCAGCAUGCAGUGGAGUGUUGUGCGGACGCCCUACAUAGAGCUCCUUGAUAAGGCCGACCCACCGCUACCCCCAGAGACCUAUAUCUACAGCCUUGUUCUCAACUGCAUCAGCAGCUUUGCCGAGGGGCUUGCAAAAUUUAUCCUACCACUUACCGUCCCAGAUGUGAAAUCCAAGAAGAAGAACAGAAUCAUGAAUCAGGACCAAGCAACUGAUUCUGCCCGCUUGUCUCAAGAUCUUCAAUCACCGGACACCUUGCGCGCACAGGCUGCAUCGCCAUCAGGGAAAUCAUCCGUCCCAGUCAACCCUCUGGAGCUGCAGUCUCAUGUUCAAUAUUCGGCCAUCAAGACCUGCGCUGGAAUCAUUGACAACUGCUGGCCCGCUGUUCUUGCAGCUUGCUCGACGUUCUUGCAUGCUUCACUUGACGACGAAUACUACCACAACCUCGUUCGAGCAUUUCAGAAAUUGGCCCAUGUGGCGGGUCUCUUGAGACUCUCUGUGCCUCGGGAUGCAUUCCUCACAACCCUUGGAAAGUCUGCAAUCCCGGCAGGCACAAGCGGUACCAAGACACAGACCCCUGCCACGCCGUCUCUAGGUGGUCCGCAGUCCGAUAAUACCCCUCAAAAGAGCCGUAAGAGCUCGGAUAUGCCUCGAUCAAGCUCCCUGUCUGGAGACUCGGCUGGCUCGUCGGCCGUUGAGUCUUCUUCGGCUUCCUUGAGCACAAGAAAUCUUUUGUGUCUACGAGCUUUGCUCAAUCUAGGAAUCGCAUUGGGACCAACAUUAGACCAGCCGGCCUGGUCCAUUCUGCUUGAAACACUUCAAUACGCCGGACUGGUGAUUGGCAUCUCUUCUAGUACAAUGAUCAAGUCAGCCAGUGCCUCAGGAGAAACCACGGUCAUUUCUGGCAAUGAUAUCCCGACAGCCAAUCUUGGAGCGGAGUCCCUCUUUCCGGGAGAUAUUGCUUGCCUUGUUGAAUCUUUCUGCCUUCACUGA